CUUGCAAUCGCUGGCCGCCAGCGCAGCUUUCAUGGCCCAAAUGCUGCAUGUGAGACCAUGAGUCGGGGAUACCCCGGAGACGCCGGAGACGGUCAAGAUUGGGGAUCCGAGGUCCAUGGCCGGUCGGCCCUCGUGAGCAGCGUUGGCGAGCCCUCUCGUCAAGGGACGAAUGACUCGGUGGUUUCUUCCAGUGCCGCCAGCUUCGGAACGUUGAAGACUUAUCAACCCAAGGACAGCAUGAAAGAUUUGAAAGUUUUCGCCGAUUCCUUUGCAGAUCACCUUCGGGUUGUCAUGAACCACCUCUUGAAGACUGACGAGGACUUGUCAGCAGCCGUUGUAGUCACACACCGUCGUCUUGUAGAUCUCGUCGGUUCAGCACAGACGGUGUUGUGGAAGCUGUCGCGUACAGCAUGCAGCACCUUCGAGAAGCUACCUUCUCUGCUGUGGGCUUCCCGGUGUGCUGGCAAGGAGAAUGAGCUAGAUGAUUCGAUUUCCGAGAUUCAUAGCAGCAUGGCUGCGUUGCGCAAAGAGACACAGGCGAUCCGCAACGAUUACAUCGAUCUGCUCAAGCAGGUACAGUACGUGGGGCACUGCACACAGGUCACUAUGGAUCACGCGGUGAUAAGCUCUUUGCCAGAACCGGAUGAGGAUGAGCAUGGCAUCUUAGAGUGCCCACCAGCCAGCCCAGAGUUCAACGAAGCUCAGCGAAAGUCGCAGAAGAGCUUGCAACUCACGCUCGCUCACCUCGAAGGCAUUUGCGAGAUGAUGGAGGAUUGCUCGGACUUCUGGUUGAUGCUACACCAUGCUGAGCUCCAGCUCCGUAAGCUUGAGAAGGAAGCCUCGGUGAUCCGCGAUGGCAAGCCUUGUACAAAGACUGAGCCAGAGCAUGAAAGCAGCUCGUGCAUGAAAAAGUUCUGUGAGCAUUUGAAGUCCUUCUGCGGCGUACACUGUGGCGUUCAGCCAACCAAUAGUUUCAAAGUCGCGGCGAUUUCAGCCUGCUGA